AGACACCACGCUCGCAGUUGAGCCCGGACGGCGCGGAGCACAGCUGGUCGGUCGAUCGGACGAGCUACUGCUCAGGCCUUGGGACCGGCCUGCGCAUUUUGCUUGCGGUAACGGCGAGGCAGCCCUGAGCCACCCGAUCCAGCGGGCACAGCGAGACACGCUCCUUGACUAGGGUAGCCAAAUAUGUCCGACUCCCCCCAAUCCAAUCCGAAGGAUGUCGAACAAGGUGCACCGUCGGGUGACGACGAAGCACAAAUGAACGACCCUCAGGACCCACACUCGACCGGGCUCGGCUAUGAGUUCGAGGUUAAAGAGCAAGAUCGGUGGUUACCCAUAGCCAAUGUGGCCCGCAUCAUGAAGACGGCGCUGCCUGAGAAUGCAAAGAUCGCCAAGGAGGCGAAGGAAUGCAUGCAGGAGUGCGUCAGCGAGUUUAUCUCGUUCAUCACCAGCGAGGCGUCGGAGAAGUGCCAUCAGGAAAAGCGAAAAACAGUCAACGGGGAGGACAUCCUCUUUGCCAUGAGCUCGCUCGGGUUUGAGAACUACGCCGAGGCGCUCAAGAUCUAUCUGUCCAAGUACAGAGAACAGCAGUCACAGUCCAACCGGGGCGAGAACCAACAGAAUCGGCCCAACAGCCAGGGCUAUGGUGCAGCCAGCGGCUCGAACCCGGCCGCCGGAGCAUUCGGCGCGGGGCUUCCGGGCCAGCAGGAAGGCGGAGACCCGCAGGGAUAUAAUCUUUACGGCGCUCAACCCGGGCAUAACGGUGCCGGGCCUGAGUAUUAGUUUCCACGCCGCCUGCUGGCGCUGUCUCCGCCACUGGCAGCCCGUCGAAGUGUU